AUGAUGAUGAUGACUGGCCGUAUGCUGUUGCUAUUUGCCCUCUGUGUGCUGUGGUGCGGUGCCGGCGGUGGUGGAUGUUCUGAAACAGCUCCAGCUUCUCCGGGUACUCCGUCCGACAAGAACACAGAAAAAGACGAAAACACCGUCGUUGGUGGCGUUGGAGCAGUUGACCAAACCGGUCAACAGGCAGCGUCACAAGCAGCAGCAUCAUCAUCGGUGCAAAACGCACGGGGAGCGGAAGCGGAAUCGGCACAACAAACCGGAGCACAAGCAUUAGGAACGGCAAAUGCAACGACGGAAAACAACAAUGACACAACGAAAACAGGGGAAAAUGAGAAGACGAAUCAGGAUACUAAUGAAGAUGAUGAUGAAGAGGAAGAGGAGGAUGAAGAGGAGGAUGAAGAGGAAGAGGAAGAAAUGGAAGAGGAAGAGGAAGAGGAUGAUGGCAAUGAAGAGGAGGAUGGAGGAGAGGAGAAAAAGCAAGAAGAAAAAGAUGAUACCAGCACUACAAAGAGGAUUUCGGCAGGCGGUCAGGAAGAGCCAAUUUUAUCUUCUCGUGUGGAGGAAGCAUCGAAUAAAACAAAACCCCAAAGCACUCAAACAACUGGCGACAAAGAUCCAGCAGCUGAUGGUGCAGGGACGCAAGAAGAAAAACAAAAUGAAAAUAAAGAAGCCAAUCCGAAGGAAACACCAGUCGCAGCCACAGUAAUAAAAACCACAACGGCGACGACUGGCGACAGUGACGGCAGCACCGCGGUCUCCCACACCACCUCCCCUCUUUUGCUUCUUCUUGUUGUUGCGUGUGCGGCUGCUGCUGCGGUGGUGGCCGCGUGA